UUUUGGUUGCCUCGAGUCAGUUGUGGAUGGCACAUUGUCUGCUACGAAUCUCAAAGUUAACCAACCAAAAGGCAAAGGCGUCAAGAAGGCAAGAUGGUUAAAAUAUCUGUACUUGGCGUUGAGACCAGUCCGCCGUUUCGGGCCAUUUUGUUGACCCUUCGAGCCCUCCAGCUGGAGCACGAGAUUCGGCCACUGUUCAUGCCGGCCGAGUAUGUUGACAAACCGGAAAUGGUGUUAAAGGAUGAUCAGGAGCUCAUCUGCGAUUCGCCUGCCAUUAUCGGCUAUCUGGUGAACAAGUAUGCCCAGUCGGAUGAGCUCUAUCCCAAGGAUCCGCUACAACGGGCAGUGGUGGAUCAACGGUUGCACUUCGAGACCGGAGUCCUCUUCCACGGCAUCUACAAACGAUUGCAGAGGGCUCUCUUCAGAGACCAUGCCACUGAGGUGCCCAAGGAUCUAUUGGCCGAAUUGCGCGAUGCCUACGGCUUGCUGGAGGAAUUUCUGGCGGAGAAUCCCUAUUUGGCCGGUCCACGGUUGACCAUCGCUGACUUUAGUAUUGUGGCCACGGUGAGCACCCUGCACUUGAGCUACUGUCCCGUGGAGAGCGCAAAAUACCCGAAGUUAUCCGCCUGGUUGGAACGCCUUUCCCAAUUGCCCUUCUAUGAGGAGGCCAACUUGAGGGGAGCCCGCCUGGAGGCCGAUUGCAUCCGCGCAAAACUGCCCAAGCAGUUCGACAAACUGUGGCAAAAGGCCUUCGAGGACAUCAAGAGCGGAGCCGGAAAAGUGUGACUCCUUUGGCUGGUAAUAAUGGAUUAUCUGAUUUUAAAUUAUAUGUUAAAUGGCGUAAAGUUUUAUAAAUUAAAAAUUGUUUUAGCCAAUUGGGCAUAUUCAUUUUAAAAGGCAAAA